AUGGCAUUUUAAAAGUUUCAACUCCUGUAUUUUACACUAGGUCUUUUGCUUGCAAUUGAUAAAUCCAGUUCAAUGUUUAUUGACUCAGGCUUUUUACUGAAAUAGUAACGAUAUACGACAUCUACUCCUGCUAAUUAUACUCUAAUAAAAGUUGGUGAUUGGCUUCAAACAACUGAUACAUUCCCAGGUUACAAACACUCAAAAUCAGGAUUUACAAAAAUAAACACAUUGAAAAAAUUUCCAGAAACUGAAGAGAAGGUACAGUGUCUUCAAUUUAUUUUUAGAGAUGAAUCGAAUUGCAGCAAUGAAAUCACAGUUACUCUUGACCAGUGCCUUCUUGUCAUAAUCAAACUAAAUAGAACCCAUCAAGUGGUUCGAGGAAUUAGGGCAGAUCAGAUAAGCUUAAGAGAUAGAUUUGUAAAGGAACUAAAUUCAAUAUCAUUGGAUCCAGUAGAAAGUUACAUUAGUGGAAUAGCAAGAGUAGAAAUAGAAAAGAGAAAGCUUUAUAGUAUAAAAACUGAUUUAGGAUAUUUUAUCUAGGAUAUGCUCAUUGUAUCUGAUGAAGAAGGAGAUUGCACAUAAAUAUUUGUUUAUGAGUCAAAUAUACAUAUUUUGCCAAGAUGA